GACAUCAUUUUUCAUUGCAGAGGAUAAUUAUUUCUAGAAUCUCUCUUUGUCCAGAUCUCAAUCAAUCGGAACGAGGUCCAAUGCGAUAUGGACAAGUACAUCCUUUUAACUCUCAUAAGUUUUGUUAGACUUUGACUCUUGACUUUUGAGGUCAACAAAUAUUAAUAGUAUUCCACUGGCCGAGUCUUACAACUUACCAAGACUGAGUAAACCCUUGACAAUGUCUGUUAUUGGUGUCGGAAUCCACAAACUUAUUACACACGUAAUUUGGAAGUCAGUAGUUGAUUCUUGAAAAUAAUAACAAAUAUAAUGCUCUUCUUUUCUCACAGAAUUAAAGAUGAAAAGAAACUGUUGUAGAAAAUAAUGUAAUUAGACUUUACCAGAUUAUAUGUGUUUAAGAGCCAAAGGAAGACUUCGUCCCGUCAUCAUUACGCCAUCGUCGGUCAUCCAAAUCCCGCGUUGCUCCUCUCCUUCCUCCUUUCGAAACCACCUCCUCCUGUCUUUCCACCUACUCUACUCAGGGGGAAGAAAGCGUGCCGGGAGUAAAGUAGAGAGGGAGCAGGAGAGGAAUCGGCUUUCUCGUUUGCCAAGACAGGACCAGCUUUGAUCUCGGUUUGCCCUUUGACGUGACAAUCGCAGCUCGCGGGAAAAUCCAGUCGAUUCCUGAGCUCCGUCGCAUCCGGUGCGGCCAAGCUGAUCGCUUUUUGGUCCGCUGUCUCGUUUGGUGCUAGAAAGCAGGGAUUUCGGUGGGGGGUUGGAGGAGGUGGGGAAAGGUCGGAACUUGGUGUCUCUGGAAGUUCGGAGGCGUUCAGGGGUCAUGGACGCUCGAUAGGGUUAAUUUCCGUACGAAAGAUGGCGGAAGAAGGAGGAGAAGAAACUAAGGUUCGGGUGGUGCGAUGCCCGAAUUGCAGUGGACUCCUCCCGGAGCUGGCCAAUCUCUCGGUCUAUCGCUGCGGUGGCUGUGGUGCUACACUUCAAGAAAGACCAGUCUCCGUGUCAGAGGCCUUGCCAGAGCAAUCUGAACGUGUAAACGCCAAGUAUCUUGAGGUCCGAGAAAAUAGUGCAGAGAAGAAAAGGGUGGUCUUGGAUGCAAAGUCGGAGACUGAUCGUGAGGGUAAUGGAGCUGAGAGUAUGAGACAGAAGGAUGUAGGUCCAAAGAGAGCAGAAAGUUCCCAUGGUAUUUCUGCAUCUGAAACUGAACAAACAAUUGUUUCAAAGGAAGACGACUCCUUCCAGUUAGAAGACUCUGCCAAAGGGUGUGUAGCACAAACCAAGGGCGAUGAUUGUCAGCAUGAGGCAAUAUUACCAGUUGGCAAUCUUGGCGAAAAUGCAGAAGCUUUAAAUAAAGCAAAUUUACAUGAGGGAGAUAAAACCAAGCAAUCAGUCGAUAUGUUUUUCUGUGCUCAGCAGGCACAAGUCCAGAAGGGUGAGGAGAAUCUAAAUCCAAAGGCUUUCAAAGCAGAAAUCAAACGUUACCCUGAUGAAGGCCCAUCUGACUAUCAUCAGAAUUCAAGGCGUGUAUGCGCUGAUGGUGAUUGUGACAGGAAGCAGAAUGGUGCUGGUGCUGGCAGAGAUCAAGACCAAGCAGAGCUUCUGAGAAUGAUUGAUAAAUUGAGGAAUCAAGUGCAAAGAACAUGUGAGGUCUCAAGCAAGCAAAAGCUGAGUACUACAGUUGAUAGAAUGACAGCUUGUGCCAAUAGGUUUCCUGACAGCUCAUGGUCAUUGAAUCGCAAUCCAUCUUGCCGGCCUGCAACACUCCGGGAUCACAAUGGUAAUAUGCUUGGUCUGAACGACAUGCCUGGACUUGGUGAUCCUUUGGCACGUAGAAGAGCUCCAUUUCAGUUAGGUGGUGAGUACCCUCAGAGACUACCUGAUAAUUAUCUUAAUGGGCACUUCGAUCCUGAUCCUAUUAUGACUUAUAAUCAAGAAGCCUUUUACCAUAAACCUGCUUGUUCAUGUGCCCGUUGCUACUGCAGACAAUUCUCAGUGCUUGCAAGAGGCUCCCCAACAACAUUUGGCCAUCAGAGGGUCCCAUGUUUUGUGAAUAAUCAUAAGUUACAUCCAGUUGAUGCUCCCUCGAUCUUUGGUUCACGAAGUUAUAAUUCAAGAUUUAGAAAUGCUUCCUUUCAUUUGCAUGAGCCGCAAGCAUACCAGAGGGCCAUGUUCAGUAAGAAUGUUGGACGUUCUUGUCAACCCUUUGCUGGUGCUGCCCCUUUUAUGGUAUGUUGUAAUUGUUUUGAACUUCUGGAACUACCUGCUAAAUUGUUGUUUUCAAGAAAGAAGAAGUUUAAUCUGCGAUGUGGAGCUUGCUCCAAGGUCAUUUUGGUCCAGCGUGAUGGAAGUCGACUUGUUGCAUCUGGUCUGGCACCAACAUCAUCUCUUUCAUCCAAGAACAAUGACAUUGGCUGUAGCUCAGGCGACUGUGUUCAGUCUACAGAUGAGAAGUUAGUUCUGCCUUAUAUUGUCACUAGCAGCGAUAAUGAGAUGAUAGAAAGGGCACAUGGGUUGAAGAACUUAGAUGAGUCAGAAAAAAUGAAAGGUCCAUCUUCAUCUUUCACUAUGUCUGAGCAUGUUGACAUCUUGGAUAACAUUUUCUCACAGGACGUUCCUACCUCUUCAGAUAUUCCCUUAGAACCUCAGGUUAUUUCAUGUGUGCCAAGUUUACCAAUUCGCAAACAUCUUGGUUCCUCAUUGUCUGAUCAAGCAAAUGAUGCAUCUGGAACUGGAAGCUGCAGUAGACACUCAGAACAAGAUAAGAAUACGCCUUCAAGUAGUAAAUUUAGACAGAACUCAGUAAAAGAUGUUACGAUGGCAACUGAGAUGGACAUGUCAGUUAAUGAGUUUCCAAAUGCAAAUUCUUCUCAUGAUUAUUCGAACAUGAUAAGUGAACAUGAUGUUCAACCAAGGGUCAUCAAAGCUGGUGACUCAUUCCUUGCAGGCCUCAAGAAGAGUUUUCGUUUCCACAAAGCGAUGGGAACUGGCGACUCUAAAGUUUCAGUUAAUGGUCAUCCAAUUCCUGAUCGUCUAGUUAAAAAAGCUGAAAAACAAGCUGGCCUAAUCUAUCCUGGUGACUAUUGGUAUGACUAUCAUGCUGGAUUUUGGGGUGUCAUGGGGCAUCCGUGUCAUGGCAUUAUUCCUCCAUUUAUUGAAGAGUUCAAUUACCCUAUGCCCAAGAAUUGUGGCAGGGGAAAUACUGGUGUUAUUGUGAAUGGGAGAGAGCUUCAUCAUAAAGACCUGGACUUGCUUAUUGGUCGAGGGCUUCCAUCUGCUCCUGGUUCUUAUAAAAUUGAGAUUUCUGGGAGAGUUUGGGAUGAAUCCUCUGGUGAAGAGUUGGAUAGCCUUGGCAAGCUUGCACCAACGGUCGAGAGAAACAAACAUGGAUUUGGCAUGUGGGUUCCUAGAGUCCUUACCAACUGAUGCAUCGAUACUUGAUGAACAUGCCCGAGAAAGCAUGCGGAAGAGUUCAGUUGUGAUAGACACAUAAGAAUCAUCUUGUCGGGAGUGUUUCUUUGAUUGUGGUGUUGUUCUCUUGUCCUCCCUCAGCAAUCAAUUGUAUCUUCUAAAGGUUUUCUCUCUUCUUUUAUUUGUGAAUUCCUGUUCAAUUUGUUCGGCAGGUUUUUGUAGAAGUCUCACCUUGCUUUGCACCCUUGUCAUAUUUCUGAUUACUGCUUCUUUGGUUUGCUGCAAA